AUGGCAAACGUAAAUAAUUUAUCACAAGUGAUUGUUAAGCAGAAAGAAGCAGAAGCAGAGUUAAAACGAUUAAUGGAAAAUUUUAAAAAAGAAAAUAAAGAGCAAUUGAAAAAAUUAGACCGGUUGAAUAAAUGGACUGGUUUAAUUAAUGCAUCGUGGAAUGAGUAUGUGGAAGGUCAUAGAAUUUUACACGAUAAUCAGACUUGGAAAUUGUUGCAAGGUCGUUAUGAUAAUAAACGCGCUAUCAACAAUAUGUUUUUAGAUAACUUAAUGGAUUUACCAAGAAUGACUAAAGAUACUCAAGCAGACAUGCAGCAAUUAAUUGAUACUAGUAGAGAAUUUAUUGCUUUGCUUGAGGGAAUGACAAUGGAGGAUAUCAUUUUAAGAUUAUUGAGUAAAAAAUUGCAUCCAAGAAGUCUGGAAAAUUAUGAAUCAACAUUAAAAAAUCCAAAAGAACCACAAAAAUUAGAAGAUUUUUAUCUAUUUUUGGAGCAAAGAUCCCAGAUUUUGGGUUCUGUUGAGGCUGAAAAUGGUUACUAUAAAAAACCAUUCACAAAGGAAAAAAAUAAAAAAGUUUUGUUUAAAAAAUGUGUAGAUUGCGGGGAUGCAAGGCAUCCAAUUUAUUUAUGUGACAUUUUCAAAAGGCGAAAUAUGAAAGAGCGUCAAAGAAUUGUAAGAGAAAAUAAUCUUUGUCAUUUAUGUUUAAAAUCAGAUCAUGCAUAUAAAUUUUGUAAAUCAAAUUUGAAAUGUAGAGAGUGCGGAAAGAGGCACAAUACAUUCUUACAUUUGGAUAAUGAGCUUGAGUCAAAGCCAACUAUAUCAUAUUCAAAGUCGAAUACUUCAUAUUCAAAGCCAGGUACAUCAUAUGCUAAACCAAGUGCAGCAUAUUCGAAGAAUAAUCACCAACAAAAAAAGGCGUUCUUGUGUACUGCUGAAGAAAAGGAAAAUAGUGAUGAAUCAACUGUAGCAUGUGUUGCUUCAAGUCAAAACAAGGGCUCAAAGGUUUUGUUGGCAACAGCUAAAAUUAGAAUUAAAACUGAUUUUGGGUGGUCGGAAGAAUUUGGUGCAUUAUUGGAUCAGGGAUCUAUGGCAACGUUUAUAACUGAUGAUGCAGUAAAGAAAUUAAAAUUAAAAAAGGAAAAGAAUAAUGUGUCAGUUUCUGGGAUUGGAGGUGUUAAAACUGAAAAAUCUUUGGGAAGUGUGAAUUUGGAGUUUACAGCACGUUAUCCAAGUGCAUUUAUAGGGAAAACUAAAGCAAUAAUUUUGGGGAAAUUGACAAAUUUAUCACCAUUAUCUUAUGCAAAGGAAAAGAUCAAUAAGAUAAACAAUUUCAAUCAGUUAAUUUUGGCAGAUCCAGAUAUUAGCAACACUUGUAAAAUAGAUAUAAUUUUGGGAGCAGACGUGUACGCAACGUUGUUAUUAAAUGGUGUAAUUAAGGCAGAAAAAGAUAAUUUGGUUGCUCAAGAAACUCAGCUUGGUUGGAUCAUUUCAGGUGUUUUGGGUCAUCAGUUAGAAUUAAAUGGUGUUUGUUUAAUAUCAACUAUUGAUGAAUUAAAUGAAAGUACGUCGGUAUGA